CUUGAGCAUGGUAGGGGUGAUGCUAUUGUAUUGAGCAAAGGAUAUAUGAUUGAGAUUGGCAAAGGAAUGGUAAUGUAGCCUUAAACACAAGCUGUGCAAUGUGGUUGCUCUUGUUUCAGAGAACUUAAGUUAUAAUUUAUGGAAACCAGCCUGCUGAAAGGAGUUCAACAGACAAUUAUCCAGUAGUUACUUCUCAUUGUCAAGAAAUCAUGGCCAAUAGUGGGAUUGCUGUUGCAGAAAAGAGACAUGAAACUACACAAGUCCCUUGCAAUGACAGUUACUUGGCUGAGCUGGAAGCCUUAGCUGGUGAUCGAUACUCUGAACGCGAUGAAGAGUACAUGAAGGAAGUGGCUCGAAAAACUCCACCUCCUCCUUUAGUGGCACCUGAUCCUCGAAAAUCUCGCUUCAAUCAAGGAAGAAGAGUUGAACAUAAUUCUUCACAAAGCAGUUACAACAAUGAUCGCCGGGAAAAUUAUGAACGACACAGUAGAGGUGAUUCUAGAUCAUACAAUGGCAACCAACAUCAGACAGACAAAAGAUACUACCACACAAAUCAAAGAAGAGAAAUAAGCUCCCAAGAAUCUUGUAUGUCAAUUGGCUUGAAUGUGAAUGACAUUGGUAGUGAACAUCAACGGCAUGAGGACUUCAGUAAUAAUUCUCGUGAUAGGAGAGAUUUUGAUAGUAGGUUUAAGAGACAUAAAAACUUGGGUGACGAAUCUGAAAUGCAAAGAGACUUAGGGCGUGGGUUCAAGAUACAUGAAGAAUCGGGUAAUACUGCUCAUGGACAGAGAGAUUUUGGUAAUGGCUUCAGAAUGCACGGGUAUUCAGGCAGUACUGUUCAAGGCCAAAGAGAUUUCGGAAGUGGGUUCAGGAGGCACGAGGAGCCAGGCAACACUGCCCAAGGGCAAAUAGAUUUUGGAAGUGGGUUCAGGAGGCAUGAAGAGCCAGCCAACACUGCCCAAGGGCAAAGAAAUUUUGGAAGUGGGUUCAGGAGGCACGAGGAAUCGGGCAGCAGUGCUCAAGGGCAAAGAGAUUUUGGAAGUGGGUUCAGGAGGCACGAGGAGUCAGGCAGCACUGCCCAAGGGCAAAGAGAUUUUGGAAGUGGGUUCAGGAGGCAUGAGGAGUCGGGCAGCAGUGCUCAAGGGCAAAGAGAUUUUGGAAGUAAGUUUCUAAGAGAUUAGAUUCUACUCACAAUUUUCUAGACGUCAAUAGUUGUUUUCUUAGUGAGAGAAACCGCGAUUGAAAUUGUGAUCAAUAUGUGAAGUGAACAAUGUUAGUAAUACAUUACUAGAAUGUAUCUUUUUUAAUUACGGCACGCAGUGGUGAAAUGAAUCGGGUGGGAAAUUUUGUAAGCAUGAUAGCUGUUGCUGAAGCUGUUUUGGCCAUGCUCUUAAGUAGGCGCAGCCGCAGUACGUAGAAACGUCCCAAUUUGAAAAUCGCUGUAAGAAAAGACUGAUGUUAAAUAUGGUUUCUCGAUGCCAAAGUUCUUCCGUUUGGGUUGGUCCCAAGUAAAACAGGCUUGAAGAUGUCUGUCGUUAUGGGACAUAUACGACUUGACAGAGAUUCCCCAGCUCUAGCAGCACCAAGAAUCGAAGAAACCUCCAUGCAUGCCUAUGAAAAUAGCGGGGCACUGGUUCAUGCUGCGAUAUAUUUUUUUAUCAGGGCUGGUGCUAUAAAUGCUGAUCCUUGACAUAAAAAAGUGCCAUACCCAAAUGGCAAGACAUUCUAUCUAUGUUGCUCCUUCUGAAGAUCUGUUAGAUUUAAAUUAUUAUUAUUUGUAGCGAGCUUCACCUCUUUCAUCUAUUCAUGACCUCAGCAAUAGUUUAUUAGAGAGCGAUAAAGACAGAAUUGUUGAGUUUUUUUUGUAUGAUUAAAUCAUUAUUUAGACAACAAAUAUUUGAAAUGUGCUUCUUCAAGUUCGUCGUUCUCUAGGAGGUUUGUGGAAGAAAUAGAAGUGGUAUUUCGGCGAUCGUGGUUGCUCUUCUGAUGUAGUAUGAAGUUUGGCCUUCUGGAACAUAAUUUCAGACCGCCUAACCUGAUCUCGUGUUUCCUGACAAAAUCUCUGUCUACGGCAAAUAUACUUUUGGAACUUGCACAAAACAUGCAAGAGGUCAGAAAAGCAACUAACUUGUGGUGUUCAUCAAAUAGGUGUUUCAUUGUCUCAUUUCCAUUCAAAUUUAUUUGGACAGCGGGUUGAUGUAUCAUAGAUAAAAUUGUGUAUAUUCAUGUAAAAACAAUCGUAUUUUAUGAUUUGUAAUGUAAUUUAAAUAAUUCAUGUUGUUCUUAUGUCUGGUGAGAUUGUACUGCAUUAUAACAUGUUCAUAGGUUCGAAUGAUCUAGAAGAAGUCCUUUCUGGUUACAAAUUAUCAUUUCUGAAGCCUGUUUCUCCGUCCUAGCUAGUCGCUUUCAAAUGGAGAUCUGCGCGUUCGUCUCGUGUACGAGACAUGACUUAUCUUCGUUCUGUCUAUCAACACUAGAUACAAAUUUGGAUUUGAUCAUCUAAUCUAAUCAUUUGAUCAUAUCUAAAGAUCAUCUGAAGUUUAUACAGUAUCAUAGGCACAUUUUUCAUUGUGGUGGUCUGUAUAUAUCUUAUUAUAAACUUCGUUCAAAUGAGUU